AUGAUGAAGCGAUGGAUGUGGAUCCUGGCCGGGCUCUCCGUCGUGGUCAUUGUGGUGGCGGCGGUGGUGGGAGGAGUCGUUGGCAGUCGGGCCGCCCAGAAGAACGAUGGCCAGAGGACACAGUCGACAGGGAACAAUACCGCCAACACCAUGACCACGACCGAUCCCCCUACCGUCACCCAGACAGAAACAGCUCCAUCGUCUGCUACCUCGUCCAGCACCCCUAACAUCCUGGCGCGGUUCUACGAGUUCGCCCUUGACGAUUGCAGCGGCGAUUCCAAAACCUACAAUAUUACCAGCCCGGGCAAUAUGUGCUAUCCGGUGUCCUCCAACAAGCGGUCAAUUUUCCACACGGAGCGGUACCGACUGUGGGGGGAAGUCAUUUAA